AUGUGGCCUCUUUCCCAGCUUUUGGUACAGGCAGGUUACAUUGCACAGUCUUCCUCGGGCAUGUACCACAUGUUGCCGCUCGCCAAGCGAGUGCUUGGCAAGCUGGAAAACCUUGUGCGUGCCGAAAUGUCAGCCAUCGGAGCCCAAGAAAUUUCCCUCUCCACUCUCACUGGCAAAGACCUUUGGACGCACUCUGGCCGCUGGGACACGGUCAGCUCUGAACUCUUUCGUGUCGAAGAUCGACGCGGCGCCGUCUACUGCCUGGCGCCGACGCACGAAGAAGCCAUCACCACCCUGGCCAAGUCAUACGUGCGCUCAGCUCGCAAUAUGCCCCUCUAUCUCUAUCAGCUCGACCGCAAGUACCGUGAUGAACUGCGCCCGCGUUCAGGUCUUUUGCGUGGCCGAGAAUUUUACAUGAAGGAUCUCUACACCUUUGACGUGGACGAGCAGGCCGCACGCCUCACCUACGAGUCUGUGGUCAAAGCGUACCACAACCUGUUCACGCAUCUCCACGUUCCUUACGUCGCCGUUGAGGCCGAUACGGGUGCCAUUGGUGGCAGCAUGUCUCACGAGUUCCAGGUGCUGGCACCGGUUGGUGAAGACAGCGUCACCGUGUGCCACACCUGCGACCGCGCCGCCAACCUCGAAGUCAUGCCCGGUUCCGAGGCUGGCACAACCCCCGUGGCCCCCACCGACCACUGCCAGUUUGAGAGCCACGCUGGCAUUGAAGUCGGUCAUACCUUCUUGUUGGGUCACAAGUACAGCUCAAUGUUUGACGUCACCUAUGACAGUCCCUCUGGCCCCGAAUUGGCGUUCAUGGGCUGUUAUGGUCUGGGUACGAGCCGCAUCUUGGCCGCCGUCACUGAGGCAUUGGCGUCGGAAAACGGUCUGCGCUGGCCUCUGAGUCUGGCGCCCUACAGGGUGGCUGUCAUCACCUUGGGAGCCUCGCGCAACGACAACAUUGAGAGCGCAGCCACUUGUCUGACUGAACAGCUCAACGAAGCCAUGCCAGGGGAUGUUCUGCUGGAUGACCGGUGCGUGGACCUGAGUCUACGCCAAAAAAUCGCCACCAUGCGCUUGAUUGGUGUGCCUUACGUUGUCGUUGUGGGCUCUCGCUAUAACGCGCGCCAGCUGGAGGUUUACGACAGUCACAAUGAAGCUCCGCGCAAAAUUGCCGUUCAUGACCUCAUCCAGCUGGCGGCGCUACCUGAGCGUGACGUUCAACUCGUCGACAUUAAGCGUGACGGCAUACACGCUUCUUCAUAA